GCGCGCGCGUGGCGACGAAGUCCAACCCGCCGCCGACGCGCCGACCGCUUUCAGGUCGAUCGAGACUCGCAUCUCGACGCGCGUCCGCUCGGGGAACUUUCGCGACUUUCCACCACUCGCGAGAGAAGGCGCGGCUCCGAAAAGGGCUCGCCGCUGAUCGAUCGCCCUACCACCCCUGAUCAUCAAAGGUACGUACGGCAUCAUGGCGGCCCCUCCCGAGGAGCUCAAGAUCCACGAGAAGGACAUCGAUGACGUCAUCGCUGAGAUGCAGACGGACAAGGUCAAGGGCCUGACCGCCGCGGAGGCCGCGAAACGACUCCUCGAGGACGGCCCGAACGAGCUCGAGAAGCCGCCGCGCGUCUCCCUGCUCGUGCUGUUCCUCAUUCAGCUCAACUCCGUCAUCAUGUACCUGCUCAUGGGCGCGGUCGUCGCGUCCGCGGCGAUCAAGGCCACGGGCGACGACAAGGACCAGUUCCUGUCGUACAUCGACUCCAUCGCGAUCACGAUCAUCGUCUUCAUCAACGCCUCGAUCGCGGCCAAGGCGGAGAACAACGCGAACGACGCCCUCGAGGCGCUCUCCUCGCUUCAGGCGCCAAUCUCGACGUUGAUCCGCGACGGAGAAGAGAUCAGGGUCGAGUCCAGCGACAUCGUCCGCGGCGACCUCGUCAAGCUCGGCACCGGCGACGUUGUCCCCGCGGACGUCCGCUGCAUCACCGCGAACGACCUGCGCGUGAACGAGAUGCUCCUCACGGGCGAGCCCGAGGAUGUGGCCAAGUCCACCAAGGUGAAGCCGCGCGUUCCGGGGCAUCCGGAGAAGCUCACCGCGGAUAACAUGGCGUUCUCGUCGUGCAACGUGAAAGCGGGCGCGUGCCUCGGCCUGGUCGUCGCGACCGGCAUGCGCACGCGCAAGAAGAAGGAACCGUGCCUCCCGGACACCAAGUCGGGGCAGUCGCCUCUGCAGGAGAACCUGGAGAAGCUCGCGGUGAAGCUCGGAUACAUGGCCAUCGCGGUGUGCACCGUCGUGUUCAUCGUCGGCGUGUCGCUGAACACGAAGGACCCGGAGGACCAGGACACGCCGUCGUGGCUCUUCAUGAUUCUCGUCGCCGUGACGCUCACCGUGGCGGCCAUCCCGGAAGGGCUCCCGCUGUGCGUCACGAUCGCGCUCACGUCCGGGUGCGCGGAGAUGGUCAAGGAGAACGUUCUCGUGAGGAAGAUCGCCGCGGUCGAGACGCUCGGCUCCGCGUCCAUCAUCUGCACGGACAAGACGGGGACGCUCACCGAGGGAAAGAUGACGCUCGUCGCGAUGCACGCCGGCGGCGUCGAUUACACCGUCACCGGCAAAGGGUUCGACCCCACGGUCGGGAAGAUCACCACGUCCAACGGCACGGACGCGUCCAACGACGCGCCGAUCCAGGCGACCCUCGGCAGCGCGGUCCUGUGCUCGAACACGUCGCUCAAGCUCGAGACGGACGUCGAGACGGGGACGUCCAAGUGGACGCCGCGCGGGAACUCGUCCGAGGCGCCGCUCGUCGUCGCCGGCCAAAAGGUUGGCAUCAAGCUCGAGGACCUCGAGGACGCGCUCGAGCGCACCGCGGAGAUUCCGUUCUCGUCCUCGCGCAAGAUGAUGGUCACGGUCACGAAGACGGUCAAGCAAACCCCACUCGCGCACGUCGCCAAAAUUGGCGAGCAGACGGCGCACGUCAAGGGCGCGCCCAACUACAUCAUGGAAAAGUGCACCAAGUACAUCACCGCGGACGGCUCCGUUAAACCGCUGGACGACGCCGUCAAGAAGAAGAUCAUGUCCACCGUGGACGAUCUCUCCGAGCAAGCGCUUCGCGUCCUCGCAGUCGCGACGAAGAACGUCGGCGGGAAGCUCCCGUUUGACUCGGAGCAAGACACGGACGUCAAGUUCGCGAAGCUCGUGAACGAUCUCACGUUCUGCGGUCUCUGCGCGAGCAUCGACCCGGAGAGAGACGGCGUCAAGGACGCGGUCAGGACGUCCAAGGUGGCGGGCGUGAGGGUCGUCAUGAUCACCGGCGAUUACCUCAAGACGGCGAUCGCCAUCGCGAAGAACAUCGGCAUCCUCAACGCGAAGACGUUUACGGAGGACAACGGCGAAGCGACCGACUGCAAAGCGCUUCGACCGGAGAAGGACACGGAGUACGCCUCGAGCGAUAAGAUCGACGCGCUCACGCGCACGACGUCGGUUUUCGCGCGCGCGAAGCCCGAGGACAAGCUCGAGAUUGUCAAGUCGCUGCAGCGUCAGGGCUGGGUGUGCGCGAUGACGGGCGACGGCGUGAACGACGCGCCGGCGCUCCAACGCGCGGACAUCGGCGUCGCGAUGGGCCUGGAGGGCACCGAAGUCGCGAAGGGCGCGUCCGACAUGAUCCUCACGGACGACAACUUCUGCUCCAUCGUCAAGGCGAUCGAGAAGGGACGCAUCAUCUACGCCGGCAUCCAAAAGUUUGUCGCGUUUAUCAUGUCCGUGCAUUUCGCCGAGGUUGUGCAAAUCUUCCUCUGCAUCGUGUCGUCCAUCCCGGUGAUGCGUCAGCCUCUGCAGAUUCUGUUCCUCAUCCUCGUCACGGACCUCCCGCCGUCGAUCGCGCUCGGGUUCGAGCCCGGAGAGGACCUCACGAUGAAGCGCUCGCCGCGCCCGAAGACGCAGCCCGUCGUCCAGAUGUGGAUGUGGCGCGGCAUCGUCAUCAACGGGAUGAUCCUCACCGUGUGCAUCUUCUGCACCUACCUCAUCGCGCUUCACGCGUACGCGGGCGCCUUCCUCACGGACGACAUCACGGACACGUCGCGGUCGUCGUGCAGCAUCUGGCCCUCCACGGGCGCGAUGACGCCUUCGCUCAAGUUGGACUGCACGACGGAUGACUGCAAGCGAUGCAUCACGACGUCCAUUCGCCGCGCGAGGACGACGGCGUUCAUCGCGCUCGUGUACGCGGAGAACUUCCGCGCGUACUGCUCGCGGAGUUUCGAAAACGGCGUGUGGGUCAAGCCGUUCAGCAACAUGACGAUGAACAAGGCGAUCAUCUUCGCGCAGCUCGCGUUGUACUUCGCGCUCUUCUGCCCCGGUUUGAACGAGUCCGUGCUGGGGUUGUACGUGUACGAGAUUCACGGUUUCGGCUGGUUCCUCGCGGUCAUGGGGUCGCUCGCGUGCUUGGUCGGGUGCGAGAUUUACAAGAAGAUCGCCGGCCAGUUCAUCAAGUACGAAGAGCUCGCGGACUUCAAGGACCCCGAGGACGAGGCCGGUCCGGACGCCGUGAAGAUCGACGUCCAGUGAUGAUGACGACGAUGACGACGAGUAAAAAUUGGGAGAAGUUUUGAGGAGGCGGAACGGGAGGAGGAGGAGCGAGAAGAAAAGAGCGGCGAUGUGUCAAGGGUGCCGCACAUCUGCGAGUUGGUGCCGCACUGCGAUAUCAUACUGUACGACGACGGUCCCCCCCGACGGACGACGACGUUAGUCUCGUGGGUGGUUCCUUGCAAAUAAAUUCUUUGAAUAAAAAUCAAACUCUCUGUUGGAAAACGACGACGCGACGCGGUCGAACGCGUGCGCGGAGGCGCGCUCUGACGCGAGAGAACUGAGAUCUCCGG